AUGAGCUGCUAUCGUUUAGCCCGGUUUUUCUCCAAGCUAAAAUCUCACCAUGAGCCUUUGGAGCACCUCAAAUCAAUGAUUUUAACUGUUAAAAACGACGGACCAGGCAGACUUCAAGAUGCUCUUGAAGCUUUUUCGGCUUACAACAUCAAUAUUACCCACAUUCAAUCUCGCCCGGCAGAAAUUAUUGACUUCCGAAAAGGCUAUGACUUUAAGCUUGAUUUCGAAUUAAGUGAUGACCCUAAGAUGAAAAGGAUACUAAAGCACCUAGACAAACUUGGUUUUAAAACACAAAUUGUUAAAAGCAAAGAAGUUCCAUGGUUCCCAAGAUCAUUCGAAGACCUUGACCAUUUGGACCAGUCUUGCCUAGCUGCUGGUGCCGAUUUAGAUAGUGAUCAUCCAGGAUUUAAUGAUGAAAUUUAUAGACAAAGAAGAACAGAAAUAGCGAAAAUCGCCAUGGGCUAUAAACUUAGUGAUGCAAAAGUACCUGUUGUCCAUUAUACUGACCAAGAAAUAGAGACCUGGCAAACUGCUUAUAGAGCUUUAGACCCUCUGCAUAAACAGUAUGCAUGUGAUGAAUAUAAUCAAGCUGUUGAAGAGUUUAAAAAACAUUGCAGUUUUAGGGAGGACAAUAUCCCACAGCUACAAGAUAUUAAUGAAUAUUUAAUACAAAAAACUGGAUUUAGGCUGAAGCCCAUCACUGGGUUGCUAUCUCAAAGAGAUUUUUUGAAUUUUUUGGCAUUUAGAGUUUUUGCGUCAACACAAUAUAUAAGGCAUCAUUCGGUGCCAUUUUAUACACCAGAACCAGACAUAAUUCAUGAAUUAAUUGGGCAUGCUCCUCUAUUUGCAGAUCCUGAUUUUGCUGACUUUUCACAAGAAAUUGGACUAGCUUCACUAGGAGUUAGUGAUGAAGAAAUAAAAAAAUUAGGCACUUGCUAUUGGUAUUCUAUUGAAUUUGGGAUGGCUUUGGUAAAUUUUGCAAAUUGCUUUAUUUUAUAUAUCUAAUUAUAUGAAAUAAAGCAUAUUUACUGGUAACCGCUAUCCCAUUUUUUAUGCAAAAUAGGAUAAAGGCUAAGCCAUAUGAAUGCUUUAAUUAAAUUGUAAUUAGGUAUAUUUUAUAAAAUAAAAAAUAAAAAUAUUUGGGAUUAUUAAGAAGGCAAAUGGAGAAAAAAAAGUAUAUGGAGCUGGAUGUUUAAGCUCAGUUGAUGAGAUUAAAAAUGCAGUUUCAGACAAACCUGAAAUCAGGUUUUUUGACCCUCUAAAGGCGGCCCAUGUCCCAUUUCCUAUCACAUCAUUGCAGCCAAUUUAUUUCUGGUCAAAUAGUUUUGAAGAAGCUAAGCAUGCAAUGGAAAAUUAUGUAUGGACAGUUCCAAGAGACGUUUCAGUGUCUUAUGAUAAAUUUGAUCACACAAUAAAAGUUCAUCAAGAUAUCACAAUGAAGAAGUAA